UCGUGAGAGUCUGGUCGUGCGCUUUUGUGAUCGUUUGACGCUUGUGCAAAAGUCAGUGGCGCAUGCGCGCUCUUAUAAAAAUAAUAAAUAUAAAAAUAACAAAAAUACGAAAAGUGUAGAAGAAAACAAAUAAAAGUGGCAAGCAAAUCAAGGCGCAAGAUACAUACAGAUCUUAAGUGCGGUUUCGUAAAAAAGUGGCUUGUUUAAUUUUGCUUAAACGGAAGAUACAAACAAAUUAAUAACAACAAAAGUAUCUGUAAUUAAUUAAAGGAAAGACACACUUCCACAUCAUAUUUAACGAUCGCUAUUUCGUUGAAGAGGAAGCAGUGAGACAAGCAAAACAAUUAAGUGCUUUAACGAAGCACUUCAACUGGCGGAAGGAGUACGAUAUAUGGAUCGACAGGUUGGGAAUUCAUUAAAUGGCAGAAAAAUUUGGGAUAUUGCGCUCGAUGACUGCCUUGCAUUGGCUUUAAAUAGCGUUUGAAAAUGUCCGUCGUCACUAGUAAUCACAAUUUAAAUGGUAAAUUGAUUUUAAGCACAAACGCAACUGCGCCAGCAACAUUAUCAGCAGCAACAGCAACUUUGACGCUAGCUAACCAACAUAAUACCUUAAACAACAAUAGCAGCAAUAGCAGCGUUAAUAUUAAUCAUAACGCAAAUACUGACAAAAUUCUUCAUCAGCAUCAACAGCUACCACAGCUACAACAACGUCGCUCUUUGCUUACAGCACCGGCGAACCAAUCACUUCAUCAUUUAAGUCAAUUGACGCAACAACAAAGCGUAACGACAGCGACAUCACACACGCCAUCAACAACUGCGCUGUCAUCCUCGGCUAUACCAAUAAUACCAGCAACUAACUCAAGCGCUCAUUCGAAUCAACUUCAAACAGUUGCCACAAUUCAUCAUCACUCGCAAGCAGACCAGCAACACCAACAGUCGAAAGCACAACUAACGACACCAACAACACCAAUCACAGUUUCGGCCUUAGUGACAGCAUCACAGUCAGAGCCAAGAUCAACAGCAGCAACAACAACAGUAGCAGCAGCGCAAAACCAACAAAAACAAAAAUACUCAGAACAACAGCAAUCGAUAUUACAAAAACAAAGUCAAGCACAGACGCAAACACAGUCACAAAUACAGACGCAAAUCACAACAAUACCAACACUUGAAAAUUCGCAUAUACGUCGCAACUAUUUUCAAUUGCAAGCAUUGAAGACAUCAAAUAAUCUCAAAGCACCGGCACAUUCGAUUCCUCCACGCUAUCAACCUCCACCCCAACCCCAACCUCAAGCACAGAGCCCGCAUCAGCUUCAAUCGCAACCGCAAUCACAACCACAACCACAGCCUCAAACUCAAUCUUUAUCCGGAUUGCGAAAGCAUUUAAACUCUGUGCCCAUAGAAGGUGGCUGCUCCACCGGUGAUCAUCCCCCACAAACUAAUAUCGCUAUCUUAAACACCAGCUCCAUUCUCAGGAAACCACUGCAUUCCUCAUUUUUUCCCGAAACAAAUACAUUUAAACUUAAGUAUCCACCUGACGUUCCACAACUAUCAACGGUUUAUAUACCAGAUUCGAUUAAAGCCCCAACGAACCCUUCACGGUACACCCAACAGCGCCUUCAGCAGCAACAGCAAAAUCAUCGCCAGCAGCGACACCGAAACACUUCCGUCCUUCGCAACAACACGAUUGCUUGCAACAAUAUUUUAAACACCAAUCAUAGUUUGCAAUUUCAGCAACAGCAACAGCAACAGCAGCAGGCCGAUCAGCAGCAGCAGCAACAACAACAACAACAACAAAUGCUUAAAUUUGUACGAAAAACCGAUCAAGACCAUCCAUCGCCAAAUGCGUCAGUGACGUCAAGUACUACGGGUAUACCAACAGCAACAGGAAGACUAACAGCUGAACAAAAUCGGCAGUUACAGUCCCUUAUAAGUGAAUUGCGGGCUUUAAAAGAGCAGAAUCAGCGACUUCUGGAUGAUAAUCAAGAACUUCGUGAUCUGUGCUGUUUUCUUGAUGAUGAUCGUCAAAAAGGUAGAAAAUUAGCUAGAGAAUGGCAACGUUUUGGAAGAUAUACUGCAAGUGUCAUGCGUCAGGAGGUAGCAGCCUAUCAGAACAAGUUGCGACAACUAGAUGACAAACAACAGGAGUUAAUUACUGAUAAUUUAGAAUUAAAGGAGCUUUGCCUGUAUUUGGAUGAAGAACGAGCACAUGUUGCUGCAAAUAUGUUAUGCGUAAACUGUGGUGCUACCACACGCAAUGCAUUACGUGACGACGGUGAUGGCAGUAGCUCCAGUACAAAUGCGGAUGAGAUUUCUGCACUGCGAAACUACGAACGUCAAUUGCCAGAUAUGCAUUUACGAACAUCCCUCAAUGAUCAAACCCUUCAAUAUGUACGCUCGCUCGAACGACGCAUACAACAAUUGGAGGAAGAACGUUUAACAGAGACCACACCAACCGCGAAUCUAGCCACACAACAACAGCAACAACAACAGCAGCAACAGCAACAACAGCAACACCAACAACAUUCACAAUCAACAACACAACACGAAGGAAUCAGCGAACCUAUAUCGGGUCGUCCCGAAGCAGUUGUGCGUGCUUUGCAAGUACUCGAAGUGCGAGAACAGCUGGAACGAGAUCGUAUCGGAAAUUUAACCGGUAAUGCAAUUGAUCAAAUGGAUGAUGGAGAAAAGGCACUGGUUCGAGAAAUGUGCAACGUUGUUUGGCGUAAACUUGAGGGCAGUCCGAAUACAGCAGCAAACGCGCUGGAACCUCUAUAAAACCAAUUACAAUAACAAAUUCCUAGUUAUACAAACUCUAAUAAAUAAAAUCUACAAUUUACUGUUAAAUGCUGAACUAAUCCAAACAUUAAAUAGUUUAAUAGUUUUAAAAGUCUAACCCCGCCCAUGAAUACUAAAAAACGUUUUGUUUUUGUUAAUCUCUAAUUUUUUACCGAAUAAGAUACAUGUGUUGCUUUUAAUUAUUAAUAAGGUCUGAAUAAAAUUCAAUUUU